AUGGGACUGUGUAAAAAACUGGGAACUUCACACCAGUUGUCCAUAAGGAGAGAUGUCAUGGAAGUUUUCAAUAUAUUGAACAGUCAUGUCAGAGCUGAUGAUAUAGCAGUUUUCUCGAGUGGAAGUAGAAGUGAAGGAUUCAGACUGAAAGAAUCCGAUGUAGAUAUGAUGAUAUGGCCAAAUAAUCAUCGGGUGAUCUGGGACGUAUCUCAGACCAGGUAUUACCAUGCACAAAGACGCGUGACAAUUCUUUCAGACAAUUCAGAUAGCCCACCGGGGUACACUUUACUCUGGUUACCAGUACCUAGAGCAUCAAAUCAUGUAGUGCGAUCUACUUUCAAAAUGAACGAUAGAUAUUAUAUAUCUAGUUCUUUAUACAGAGAGAAUGUGCGUUCUGUAUUAAUAUCUAAUUCUAAUAUACAUGGACCAUGUAGUCUAGGUGUUAUAGAAGGUUUUGAAUAUGAUUAUGCCCACUGUUUUGCAUCCGACUUUUGGCCCCCAUCUGCCUCUUCAUGGAUUGAAAGAUGUCACUUAUGGCCAAAACGCCGUGUUGUUCAUGACAUCAUUACUAGUGGGUGUCACUUUGUAGCUAUAGGACACAGUUUAGGCAAACAUUUACACCAUGAGUGGAGGAUAUCAUUCUUGAAAGCAGAACAAAAGCUCACCUACACAAUGAACCAUUGCCAAUUUUUAACAUACGGCUUGCUGAAACUGUUCUUAAAUGAAGUAAUUAACAUUGAAUUAAGUGAGGAAGAAAAAUUACUGUGUUCCUAUCACAUGAAAACAGCUAUUUUCUGGGUUCUGCAAGAAAAUAAGAUUCCACAAUGGACUCCACAAAAUCUUCUUGAGUGUUUCUGGGUCUGCUUUAAACUCAUUCUGAAAUGGGUCUAUGAAGGAGUGUGUCCUAACUUUUUUAUUCCAGAAAACAACAUGUUUUUGACCAAAAUCUAUGGUGAACCACAAGUAAUGUUAUUCCUUCAACUGUUUACAUUAUAUGAAAAGGGCAUAUCAUGCCUGUUACUGAGUCCCUCCAUCAGGCCCUAUAUCAUUAAUGCCCUUUAUAAUCCCCAAUGUCCCAUUCGUAUAGACGAAAAAUCUUUGAUCGCUGAGGCUGAGAGUGAUGCAGAACUAUUUGAAGAGAUAGAUAAAAAUGAUCCACCACCAGAUGAUCUGGACUUUGACAGUUAUAAGAGUAUCUUGGACCAGAUAGAAAAAUUGAUGGGUUUCCACCUAUCAAAGUAUCACAUUGUCAUGUUACAGAAUUAUACGUCAGUAAUCCUUCAACGAACUGCAUUCCUGAUACACAAUACGUAUAUGAGCUACAAGACCCAUACUGAAGUUAGCAAAAACAAAGUGAUAUACAUUCCUGAUAAAUUGUCCUGCCACAUGCUGAAAUUGGCAGCCAAGUUCGGUUGUAUUUCUGACAGAUUGUACCUUGCAAUGUAUUAUUACCAAACAUGCAGAUACGAAGAAGCUUUAUCUGUUAUAAAAAUAGCAAAAGACAAAUUAGCACGGCCGUAUCUGGUGUACAUGUCUGAGGUUGAUGCAGAAAAGUAUACCGAGGCUGUAGGUGGAAGGUCAUUAUCUACAAAAUUUAGACAGUCUUUGGCAAAUGAUAUCAACUUAUGCAACUAUACAGUUUAUAUCAAUGAUUUAAUAAUAGAGCAACAGUCUAUUUUACAGAACAGAUGGGAAAAACUGUCAAUCCCACCCCUCGUAUUGUCCUUAAUGCUAGAGGUCUUAUGUUACAAACACCUUAAUACUUCAAGUGACAAAGCGUUGAAUGAACUACUGGCCCUAGUUCACUAUGAUCAAGGGAAACAUAUACCCAUUAUAUUCAGAGACAUAUCAUGGCAGAUCUUGGGGAUCUGUCAACAGACGACAGGAGACCUCAAGGCUGCUCUAUUUUCUUACCAACAAUCACUCAGACAACGUUCAUUCCUCCACAUGGAAACUGCUUCAAUAAUACGAAUUUUAAUAUUGAUUUACGAACAUUUAUUUCGCUACGUGUAG